AUGGCUCCGGGUGUGGUGACAUGCAGUACCGUCCGUCGCCAGAACCCUACACAAAGGUCCCGUCACCUUGGCCUGUGCCAGCAGUGGAAGCGGUUCUCUCCGUGUGUACGUCCACAACGAGUCUCUGCCACCAUCGUCUCGACAUCUCUGGAAGCUGACAUUGCCGCGGCGAGAACUGUCCAAAAAGCAAGAGAGUUCGACUCCCGUCAUGCCACAACCUUGAAGGAUAAGGAGCUCGAACUCUCAGCUAGAGCCCCGCCCCGGUCCUGGUCUAUCGAGGAAGAGUGUCCUUGCAUCGUUUCCCAUUCCGACCGGAAGAGGAAGGACCCUGUUCCCAUCUCUAGCCCACUAGAACGACUGACGAACGUUAUGCGGUCAUGGAUCAUGGGCAUCCGUGCAUACUUCCCCCUUGAGCUCCCCGUCACCCAUGCGGACCUUGCCCCGUGGUAUGCUAUGCCGAAAGAAGCGCCAGCGCGAUGCGGCGGCGACGAAAAUGAAGGCGCCCGGCUGGUGGACACCGUCCUGAAGAGAACAGCCAAGGACUAUCAGGCGAGUUGA